GUCUUUUCUCUCGCAAUGUCAUAUAAAUACUUUUUUUUCCAACGCAAUUUAUCGCGCCGGGUCCGCUGGAGACCUAAUCUAAUCUCGUCAAACUCUUCAAACGAAUAUGAUAUUGAUACUUAUUUACAAUGGAAGUUCACAAUUUUACGUCAUUACUGCUACAUAAUUUGUUGCGAGGCCACUUUUCCGGCAGUAUUUCAUCUCAAAUUAUUGUUAGCUCCAUUUUUGAUAUUACUAUGGUCUCUAUUGCUUGUCGAUGCAGUUAAUAGAGACAACUUUAAAAGAUGUGAUCAAAGCAGUUUCUGCCGACGGUGCAGGAAAGUAGAGCCUGGGAAAACACCAUAUCAGCUUUUACCAGAUACACUUAUACAGAAUGAAUCUAUGGUUACUAUAGAUCUGUUUAAUAAAGAUACAGGUGUCUCCUAUGUGGUACAAUUUACUUCAUUGAAUGAGAACACAUUUAGGUUACACAUCAAUGAAAAGAACCCAUUGCAUCCCAGAUACGAAAAUGAAUAUGCUCUUCAAGAUCAGCCACAAAAAACAAAAUUGGAUUCUGUGGAAAAAACGGCUGAAAGUAUAACUGUAGUAAAGGGAGAAAACAAAGCUAUUUUAUAUGUUAAUCCAUUUAAAAUAAACCUGUAUUCCCAAGGUGUUUUAACAAUAUCAGCAAAUGCUCGUGGUCUUAUGAGAUUCGAGCAUUUACGUACCAAACUAGAAAGACCAGAACAAGGUGAAAAUGUUGAAGGGGCAGAAAUAAAUAAUACUACAUACCCUGGUGAUGGUGUUGAGAGUGAUCCUGGUGCUUGGGAAGAAAACUUCAAGGAACAUCGUGAUACAAAACCAUAUGGUCCUGAAGCUGUUGCCAUGGAUUUCAGCUUUCCUGGAUCGGAGCAUGCUUAUGGUGUACCAGAACAUGCUGAUUCGCUAGCAUUACAAUCAACUAAAUCCACCGAUCCAUAUAGACUGUAUAAUCUAGAUGUAUUUGAAUAUGAAACAAACGAACGUAUGUCUUUGUAUGGUGCCAUUCCUGUUCUUUAUGCUCAUGGGAAGGAAAGAUCAUCAGGUGUUUUCUGGCAUAAUACAGCAGAAACUUGGAUUGACAUUUUAUCAAGUGCAGACAACAAUGUUGUAGAAAGUAUUGUUAAUUUUGUAUCUGGAUCUACUAAGAAAUCCCAGGUAGAUGCUCAUUUCAUGUCAGAAUCUGGAGUGAUUGAUGUAUUCUUCAUGCUGGGUCCAAAACCACUUGAUGUUUUUAAACAAUACACGGUCCUAACUGGUACAGCUCCUUUACCACAGAUGUUUUCCCUUGGAUAUCAUCAAUCCCGUUGGAAUUACAAUGAUCAAGAUGAUGUUGCAACAAUCGCUGAAAAUUUUGAUACACAUGAUUUACCACUGGAAGCUAUGUGGCUUGAUAUUGAAUAUACUGAUAACAAAAAAUAUUUUACAUGGGAUUCGCGUAAGUUCCCAAAUCCUCUUGAAAUGGUACACAAUCUUACUACCAAAGGCAGAAAAUUGGUUGUUAUCAUCGAUCCUCAUAUUAAACGCGACAAUAAUUACUUUUUACAUAAUGAUGCAACCAGUUUGGGUUAUUACAUUAAAAACAGAGAAGGAAAAGAUUAUGAGGGUUGGUGUUGGCCAGGAUCCUCGUCAUAUUUGGACUUCUUUGAUCCAAAAGUUAUCGAAUAUUAUGUUGGAUUGUAUAGUUUAGAUAAAUUUCAUGGUACCACUAAUGAUGUUUAUAUUUGGAAUGACAUGAAUGAACCUAGUGUAUUUAAUGGACCUGAAAUAACUGCACCAAAGGAUCUUGUCCAUCAUGGAGGCUGGGAACACAGAGACGUUCACAAUAUUAAUGGACAUAUGUAUAUCCGUGCGACAUAUGAAGCUUUAUUCCGUCGGUCGGGCGGAUCCUUGAGACCUUUUAUUUUAACGAGAUCCUUCUUCGCUGGAUCGCAACGGUACGCAACAAUGUGGACUGGCGAUAACAUGGCUGAUUGGAGUCACUUGCGCGUAAGUUAUCCCAUGUGUCUCUCAGUUGCUAUAUCUGGAAUGUCGUUCUGCGGUGCCGAUGUGGGAGGGUUCUUUAGAAAUCCAGAUUCUGAGCUGUUCGUUAGAUGGUAUCAAGCUGGGGCAUGGUUACCUUUCUUCCGUCAGCAUUCUCAUAUCGAGACAAAGAGACGCGAACCAUGGACAUUCAAUGAAGAAACUACUCAAAUAGUUCGUGAAGUGCUCAGAUUGCGAUACUCCUAUUUGCCAUUAUGGUACACGCUCUUUAGAGAGCACGAAGUAAACGGUUUACCCGUUAUACGUCCUCUAUGGGCGCAUUAUCCAUCGGAAUCGGAAACAUUUACUAUCGAUGAUCAAUUACUACUUGGCGAUUUUCUACUUAUAUGCCCAGUAUUUCAAUCUGGUGCCACUGAAGUAGCAGUUUAUUUCCCAGGAGAAAACAAAGUAACUUGGUAUGAUAUUGAUACAAUGCAACCCUAUCAAAAGAUUGGUUACCAUAAAAUACCAGUAACGAUUCACAAGAUCCCUGUAUUCCAAAGAAGUGGUUCCAUCGUUCCACGAAAAAUGAGGAUUCGACGUAGUACAGUUGCUAUGAAAAAUGAUCCUUACACACUAAUAAUAAUUGCUGAUAGUAAUGGCAAAGCUAGUGGUAAUCUUUAUAUUGAUGAUGAAACCAGUUUUGAAUAUCGCCAUGGAAAGUAUUUAUACCUAAGAAUAACAUUGGACAGCAAUAAGAUAACUUCAACUCUAAUAGAUAAACUAGCUUCAUAUGAGACACAAAGCUGGUUAGAAAGAAUAGACAUAGCUAAUCCACCACAAGGAAUUAAGUCUGCCCAAUUGGAAUCCCACAGUAUGGGAAGAGUAACUUUAGAAAGUACAUAUAAUCCACAUAAUAAUGUAUUAACAAUACGUAAACCAGCUGUAAAUAUGGGUGAAGAAUGGACUAUUGAAUUAUUACAUUAGGAUUAUGUGAUGGACUCAUAAUCAACUUUCAGUAAUCUAUAUCAUAAUAUCAAUUUUCUAUUAUUAUACAUAUUUCAGUUAUCUGUGAUUUGGAUAAUUAUAUUUCCUAGAACAAUAAAAAUACAACUCAACUAUGAGAAUAAAAUAA